ACCCUGUUGCUGCUGUUGCUGCUGUUGCUGCUGUUGCUGCUGUUGCAGAUAUGGGAAAAGAGGACUUGAAUGAUCAGGGGCUACAUAACUUGUUACUGGCAUCAUAUUAUCAUGUUCAGACAUUAGUGGUGAAUCCAUCGAUGGCGCUGAUGGCAAAUGAGGCAGAAGUGGCCUCAUUAAUGACUUAUAAGUCAAUAACCAUGUUUCAUCACUCAAUAAAUGUGCUGACCGCCUCUUUUUUUUAUACCACCAAUAUCCAAAUAUUGAUAGUCCAAUUAACAAUAAAGCACCAAUUGGCACAAAGAUUGUUAUAUAAAGUUGUUUUUGAUCAUUAUACUGUUCUUCAAAGUACUGUAAACAGUAGUCAUUACUACUGCUUUUGAUGUCACCUUUGAUACAAGUAUGACACGUACUGGAUCCUUUGUCUGAGUACAUACCAAAGGGGCAUGGUAAACAUUCAGACAUAUCCGCCCAUUUACUAUAGGUAUUGAUUGGACAGGAAGCACAUCGUACUGACCUGACUGUUUGACUGUUUUCAUCUAGACAAUAGUAGCUGGUAGAAAGUUCAUAGUAAUAGGAACCUGCAGGACAAAUAUGUGUUACUUGUGUAGUUGAUAUGUCGCUCAUAUUCCAUGGCUGAGGUAUUGUCAACAUUGUUGAAAAUAAAAUAUUCAUGACAGAUAAAAAUCCCAUGGAAAACGUGUUCAAAAACCAAAAUCGUGAUACUCGUUUGUCUAAAAAGGCUUGAACUUGGUCAAAAAGAUCUGCUGUUGUUAUUAUGGUAGUUGAAUUGUUCAAAUAGCCUUUCAGCAUACGCUAAAAAAAAAAAAAAAAAAAAAAA